UGACUAACAGUAGGUUCAGAUGGUCGUUAAUACCUGGGGCUCCCCGGGAUUGUUCACAACAACAGAGGAAGCAGCACCAGCUCUGACCAAAUAAAGCCCCGUCGCGAUUUUUUUUUUUUAGAUCCUGUUUUGGAACCAUUACUAACGGAAACUAACGUUAACGCGUUCCUGUGCGAGCAGGGCUCCGUUCUUCCACUGAUAGCCAUUGUUUGUACCGAGCUACGUUAGCUUUGUCCUUUCCUCGCAGUCACAGCUGUGGUGGGUUGGUUGCUGAUAUAUAUUUAUAUAUCAAAAAUCGUUGUGGAAUAUGGCUCAGCAUGGACAUCAUGUAGCCAGUUCCCAAAAAGCACUAAUGCUGGAGAUGAAAAGUCUCCAAGAUGAGCCAGUCGAGGGGUUCAAAAUAACUUUGGUGGACGAGUCGGACAUGUACAACUGGGAAGUAGCGAUAUUCGGACCCCCAAACACACACUACGAGGGUGGUUAUUUUAAGGCUCGGAUCAAGUUCCCAGUCGACUACCCGUACUCUCCACCUGCUUUCCGCUUCCUCACCAAAAUGUGGCACCCCAACAUUUAUGAGAACGGAGACGUAUGCAUCUCUAUCCUGCACCCACCAGUGGACGACCCACAGAGCGGGGAGUUGCCCUCAGAGAGGUGGAACCCCACACAGAACGUCAGGACCAUCCUGCUCAGCGUGAUCUCUCUGCUGAAUGAGCCCAACACCUUCUCCCCGGCCAACGUGGACGCAUCCGUCAUGUACCGCAAGUGGAGGGACAGCAAGGGCAAGGACAGAGAAUACAUCGAGAUCAUCAGGAAGCAGGUGCUGGCUACCAAAGCUGACGCAGAGCGGGACGGCGUCAAGGUUCCCGUCACCUUGGACGAGUACUGCGUCCGCACCCAAGUCCCACCCACAGAUGACGGCUCCAACCUCUUAUACGAUGACUACUACGACGACGAGGAACUGGAGGACGACGACGAGGACGACAACGAGGACUGUUGCUAUGACGACGAUGACUCGGGCACCGAGGACUCCUGACCUCGUCUCCCCCGUGAUGUCACCUGCCCCUGACCAGACCCUGCCCUCACCAGCCCCCCCCGCCGCCCCUCACACUUCCCUCUCUCGUCAUGGACUGAACUUUAAUUCCUUAAUUCUUCCCGAAUCCCGCCAACCCCUCAUCAUCCUCACUUAGCACAGGCCUCCCUGUUCACCUUCUGUCACAUGUGCAGUCACAGUAUGCACACUAAAACCUGAUGCAUCGAAGAAGAGAAAGCUACAGAGUUGUUGUUUUUGUUUAUUUCUUACAUGUUUCUUUUUAUUUUUUACUUUGUUGUCUGAGUAGAGGUUGCACACAUGAUGCGCACACACACAGCAGCACAACUUACAGUAAUAGUACCGAGAACCGGUUUAAAUUUUCUUAAAAGCGUUUUAGCUCCAAGACCUACUUCUUGGUUAAGGGAUGGUCAUGCCUUUUUCUCAAUCAUCAGCAGGGUGGAAUGUAACGUCACAGGUCAGAUCCGAGUAAAACAAGCGCAGAGCUUUAGCAAAGGAAGUUCAUUCAGGAAAAUAGGCAUAUGUGUGUUUUUGAAAAAGCUGAGUCACUUCCGUCUCUGAGCCAUGUUUGUGUGUGUGUUUGUGUGUGUGUUUGUGUGUGUGUGUGUGUGUGUGUGUGUGAGACCUCUGGGUUAGCAGGCAGUUAGAAGCCCUGCCACGCUUCACCUUUGACCUUUUUUGAGCCCCAGGGCUUGUGCUGCUCCAAACAGGGAAGUUAUCCAUUUCAAAAAAGCCGCUCACACUCCCUCGUGCCUUCCCUCACUCCCCUGGUAUCACAGAUCUGAAACGACCUGUGGGACAGACCGUAGAUACACAGCGGGUCAAAGCAAACUCCUCUACCAGCCAGACAAAAACAAAGGUGGCUGAGGGGAGAUAUUCAGGCCCACAAGGUCCCAGGUGGGGGGGAGUUACCGUGCAAAUAGCGCCCCUUCCUGAUGGAACAAGUUUCAACCUAUUUAUAGCAGCACCUGUCAGAUUUGUCCGGGGUGUUAGUGAGAAAGGUAAGAUCCAACAGCUGAACUAAAGAAUGGAAUGUAGAUCAGAAUCCCACAGACGUCCUCUACAGACUGCCACGCAGCCUUCAUCACACAAGCACGUGCUACUAGUGACCUGGAUGCAUUAAGAAACAGCCAGCCGAGCCUGCUGCUGCUCAUGAAAUCCAAUGUACUGUAUAUAAAAAAAAACGACAAAAAAACCAACCUAUGCAGUCAAUGCUUGAAACCUACUUAAUAUGCAGUGCUUUAGACGUGGCAGUAAGGCUGAACCUUUUCAACAGUCUUGACCCGAACUUGAGUUUGACAAGCCAGAUAUGUACCUGUGAGGGAUUUGGACUGACUGUGUCCUCGGUCAGAGAUGGACAAUGUGUAGUUGUAUCCGUCUUUAUCUUUGUUGAUGGUUGGUUUGUUCUAACUCAAAGAGUAGUCUCUAGAGCAGAAGAAACAAGGAGUGAGAGUGUGCACUGGCCUCCACCAGAGCUUGCCCCCUUGUGGUGGCUGUGUGUUACAGGCAGUUUUUUUUUUUUUUCCCCCCUCUUCUGAAAUGCUCGACUGGGCCGCAGCCAUCUUGACUCACCUGAAUCAAUGAACCCUGUUACCUCGGAGGAGCUGAGGCAGCAGUGUGAGCGAUUCAGAAGAAUGAAAGUGGCCUGAUGAACACGCAGACUGACGGGGGGGUUGGUCCUCAGUCUGCACUGUCAACAGGCCCUGUGGUUCCUCCUCACUGCCAGGAGUGCUCCGUUGCACAAUCAAGACACAUUACCAACAUCCAGCAGUAUUUCAGAUGAUUUUCAACGCUGCUGUAACCAUGUUUCCGUUAAUAUCCGCCGAUCGGUUUAUAAGAUGUGCUGAGAAGUGUGGAGAAAAAGUGCAGAAUUAGGGAAGGCAUGGGGAGAUAGGGUUGACCUUUGAGCAUGAACAGGAGAAUGUGGUUCUUCACUAGCAUGCUGUUAUGAUGUGUUUGUGGUUUUAGAUCUGCUAUAAGGGGUCGGGAUUGUGUCCAGGGACAAAGGUCCUCUACUCAAUUUUAUCUAAAACUGUUGCAUUGUGAAUGGGCUGAGGGUUGUCUGUUUUUUUUUUUUUUUUGAGGGGGAGGGCUUCUUUUACUGUUUUGAUGUAAUCUUUUAUUUCCAAAUUGUGGUGUGAGCUGCAAUGUUUUCUAUCUUAUACGUAUAAGUGCUACGAUUAUCGACCUGAUUGUUAAAAACCCAGGAUUGUUCAUGCAAGAAUGAAUACAUUUACCAACUUAUUGUACACAAAAUAUCAAACGGCAGAAAAGUUCUGCAGAACCAAAUUGACACAGCACUCCACACAGUAAUUAUUCUAGCCUUCAAUCAAGCCCCGAAUGCUCAGAAAUGAGCCAUCAAUAAUUGAUAAUUGCCCGAUGUCCAUUACACAGCCUAUUAAUGAUCCUCUCCCCUCUGUUUGGAUGUUUUAGGGUGAAUGGGAUUUCAUUUUUGUCAAACUACUGUUGUUUUUUUAUCGUCUUCUCCUCCCCACUUGUCCCCCAGUUCUCUGAGCUCUGAUUGGUGGCAGCAUCACUGAGGGGAAAAAAACCCAGCAAUUAAUUACAGAAAAACUACAAGAACCUCAGGAAAAUAAAUAAAAGAAAACGACUACCAACCAACAAACAAACAUCCUUUUCCAACAGAGUGAACCUGACCCUGGGGAGUCUCACUUUUUGGCUUCAAAGGACUGUUUACAAUCUCUACCUUGAUAUGCACAUGUGGAUAUUUGACGAUCACUUGAUGUUUUUUUUUUUUUUUUUUUUCUUGUUUAUAUUUUCUUUUUUUUCUUAUGGUUUGUAAAUCUAUUUAAAAUCUGAAAUAAAGAUCUUUAUUAGAUAUUGA